ACCCGUCACACUUCUUCCAAUUUUCAUAUGCAGAUUUUAGACGGGGGGCUUUUGCAAUUUCUUUUUACGCAAUUCCAUUCCUUCUUUCCUUUUUCUCAGCUUUUUACUCAGUUUGUGUUCCAUCUUUUUUUUGGAAUUUUUCGGU